AUGGGGAUGUGGCGAACAACACUGGAGGCCAACUUCAAGCCUGAUGAGAGUGAUGAGAGUCCAGAUAUAUUCUCUCUGAGUGUGGGCAGUCUGCCUCCAGGAGAGAGCGCCUCCAUCAGGUUGGAGUACGUCACAGAGCUGGCUGUGCAGGCUGAUGAUGGUCGGAGGUUCUGUCCGCCUGCUGUGCUCAACCCUCGAUACCAACCUCAGGGUAGUGAAGGUGCAGGUGUCCAGGUGACUUCUGUUCCAGCCUCUCUGGUGCCCUACAGUCUGUCUUUCUCUGCCCGAGUGUCCUCUCCUCGUCCGAUCUCUAAAGUAGAGUCCAACUGUUCCCUGGACCCUCUGCAGUACCUCAACACUGAUCAAACCCAGGCCACGGUCAAGCUGGCUGCAGGACACAAGUUUGACAGAGAUGUUGAACUGCUGAUUUAUUACAAAGACGCCCACCAGCCCACUGCUGUGGUGGAGGCAGGACAGGCCUCUGCUGAGCUGGAUGAGAGAAAGUUAGUGAACUAG